CCGCUUGCUUCUAUAGUUUCUGAUUUAGCGUCGUUUGCUCCCGGUGGCUUCGUCUGGCUUCGGGGCUUGUGCGAAUUUGACUGUUCGGAGUGGAUACUAAUCUCGAACGUCACUUUCAGCAGUGCCAGUGUAUUGUCACUGCCAAUGUAAUUAGCACAUGGAGUUACACAGUCGUUGGCUUGUUUGCUCCCGAAGUCUAUCACAGUUCAAGACUGCGAAUCCAGUAGAAUUUAGUGGUCGACUGUGAUACGUGGCUGCUCGCGCUUGGCACCGUAUAGAAACGGCAUUACUGACAGUACAGGUACCGCAGAAUGGAGCUGUUGAGAGAGUUCGGAGAUCCCAAAGACCUGCUGCUCGCCCAAGAUCACAUCAUGCUCAAACUGGAAACUGCUUGGCCACCGGACGUGACCGUUCCCGGAGGGCUCUCGUUCGCUGACCAUGACAGUCUCCUCCUCAUUGCGAACCAAACAUCUCUGGUUUCCGCAGCGAAGAGCUCGUUGCUUCGAGAGGCGAUCAUCCCGAAGGCUCUGUUCUGCGGUUGCGCGCCUUUCGACUCCUCGGAUCGCUACGCUAGCGCCGCUAGACAGCUGCUCCGACAUGCCCAGGAGAUAUGCAUCCUGCACAACCGGGACAAGGUGUACAAACUUAUUCGCAUGUUCCCGAACGUGAAGGUCCUUUGCUUGCCGCACGAUCUUUGCUUACAUCUCUUGGAAUUGGACGAGCCCUGCAGGGAUCGCUCCGCACCGCUGGUUGAGCGAUGUCAACUGAGGGAGUUAGUGGGCAACAUUGGAAGCCUGUGCAAAGGCCUCCUCGGCAUGAGCCCCGAAACUACGCUGGCUGUUAUACGCACGUGUCCUGACCUGCGUCGCAUCGACUCCUGGUGGGCCGUAAAAUGCUACGUGGGACCUUAUGGCUUGGCCACCUCAUCGGCGCAUCGAAGAGCAAGGAAGUUAACCCACCUCUGGCUCGGUUUGCUUGACAACAUGUCAGGUGGACGGGCAGAGGAUCCAAUGAACCCGAUGACAGCAGUCGACGUACCGCUUGCUGCAAGAAUAUUUUCGUCCGUCCAAAGUUUGCAGGUGGUUGUGGAAUCGCUGGACACACUCGCCAAGAUCUCGGCAUUCUGUAACCUCCGCAGCCUCACGGUGGAACUCAAUCCCUGCAUAGCGCUUGCCGACGUGGAUUCGGAACUGCAGCAUGCACUCAGAAGACUAUCGCGGCUCGAAGAACUGGCUCUCGAAAAUUGUGGUGGUCUGCGGCUCUCCACAAUCUCGAGGCUGUGUCCCAAGCUCAAAAUCCUGAAGCUGGAAGGGUGCGUGGUAUCAGCAGAAGAUACGCUUGUUGACGGCGACGCCUUCCCUAAUCUCGAGUACAUCGACGUGAACAUCAACAUCCUGAAGGUCGCUUGGAACGCAUUCUUGUCCGCCACUCACGACACGCUGCGUACCGCGCGCUUCGUCCACGACAGCAUGUGUUUCGAAUUUCUACAAUACUGCGUCCGGUACGGUCGACACCAACCAUUUUCGCGUCUCGAACACCUGACCUUGAACACGAACAUGUCGCUACGUGAAUCGGAAGUCCACCCCGAAGACCUGCACGACGUAAUGAAAGCCCUACCCGUUCUUCGACACCUAGAAACGGACAGUUACGACUUGCGACUGUUCAUGGAGAAUUACUGCGUUCCACGUGGUCGGCUAUCCUUGUCCUGGAUUGAAUGCGUCUACUGUGCCGUCCAUAGACCAGAUUUAGCGUUGUUUGAGAAAAUGUUGGCAUCUGCCAUGGGCAGUCUGGUCUAUCGCCAAUAGGGGAAUAAUCCAUACUUGUGCAGUGGGCUGUCCUCAGCGUGUGAGCAUUUGGCAAACGUGUACAGACCAGCGACAACCUACGGACGGACGGUGAGAUUCGGCGGCGACGCGGUGUGUUUAGUUUCUACAGUACUGUGCCCGGCACGGCCGACGAUGAUAGGUGUCGGCCGUGAGGCACGGCCGGCGUCUCGAACGAGUGAUCUUCGAGCCGAAACAGUCACUGCGUGCGUUGUCUCUCAAGCCCGGGGACCUUCACAACGUGCUUUAUAAAGACCUUCCGCGCGCUUUGCUACUUGGAGACGGAUAGCUAUGACUUGCGGCUCUUCUUCGACUACUACUGUGCUCAUCGUGGUCGUGUGUGCUUGUCCUAAGUUGGAUGCCUCGUUGUGAGGUGCACAAGCCACAUUUUGCAAACUUUGACUAAAUUGCGGCAUGGUGGCCCGCAAGGACGACCCCAGUAAGCAAUGCAACAUAUUCGCGUGGUGGUCACUCUUUUGCGUGCGAGUGUUCUGCGAACGCUCGUAUAGGACGAGCAUCGGCGGAUAUAAUUCUGGUGACGGUAUUCGUAAUCCCUCCACCCCCCCCCCCCCUCCCCCGUUGAGGCUGAAUGCCAACGAGACUGCUCUGAAGAUCUCGGCGCAUCCAUGUUUCAUUGCGCAGUAGUGUUCCUUUUCAGAAAGUUGUGUAUCACUGGCACAAACUGGGCGUGCCUGCCCGACAAAUGGCUUCUGCUGUUGUUCCCGCUAGUUGCAGCUUCAAACAAUAGCGUUUGACCACAAUAGUUUUGGCGAGUUAACCUUUCGUGUGAUACGAUUGUUCCAAAGGUGAAUCGCUAAAAUGAAAGUGCAUUCGCAAUAUACAUGGUGUCUGAACUGUCAGGCGCCAAGAUUGCAAGAUAUGCAAAUUCCACCUAACUGCACGGAACCAAGGUAAUGUUGUUUGCCGUCGUCUGGAGGUACUCAAUUAAUUUUUUUGCAUGCCGCCUAAUUACAUAAUUACUCUUAAUUAUUGAACUUCUUAAAUAUUAUAAUUAGAUAAAAAUUGUCAGUGAGAAAAUGGCAGAGCAACAUGAAAAACUCCCGAUACAGCUUUCUGUUGCUCAAUACGUCCUACAUAAGUGUUUUUCCGAGCGUGAAAGAACCCGCCAAUACACGCAAUGUGCCUCGAGUGGCCAAUCGCGCGGCAAUUUUGCAUGUAUUCGCGGGCAAGAAAUUUGGAUAUCGCGCGAUGUACUAGAUCGGUCUCUCUUUUCGUCGCUUUUUUUUCUCUUUACAUCGUUCUAUGUUUCUUGGGAGAGCUAUUGUUUGCACUUCGAGUGAAGCAGCAAGAAUAAGUAAAUAAAUGCAUAAAUAAAUAGGUUUGCAUAGGCGUUUUGUGUCUUUCCUGUGACUUUUAUGUCUCUAUAUUGAUCUCAGAAACCUUAGCAAUAAAAUGAUGGAGCAGCGGGUAGCGUAACCGCCGUCGUUUACCCUUUUCGCGACGAUCCCGUGGGCGCUGCCAUGUUUGAUCACGUGAUGACGCGUCCAUUGCUUGCCUCAGCUGCCUCCGUUGCCUACGUGUUUACAAUGGAUGUAAACAGGGGCGGAUCCAGGUUUUUUCUUCUGUCAAUGACGAUGAUGCUGAUGGUAGUAGCCUUUCUUAUUUACCGAAAUUCACUGUUUCUGCACACGAUAAACUCGCCUCUUAUAGUGCAAUAGUGCAACACCUAUAGCGAAGCUGGGGCCGUAUUCGGUUUCUCCGAACUUAUAAGAAAAGGACAUUGCCCAACGCAGCCAUGUGCUUGGUGGAUGUACGUGCCUGAUACUAUAUCUGUCUGUAUUGUUUCUGAUUAUAAAAUUUAGAAUCAUCUGUUGCAGAUUGGUUAUAGGUGUGUAAGCACGGGUCCGUCUUUGGAGUUCUGUUGGGAUACGUUGAUUUCUUUAACAAGCUUCUUGGUGUUCGGCUGAGACACCUUCGUUUGCUUUGGAGGACUAACGCUUCCGCUCCAACGCGCCAACCACUACGCUGGUUGUUUACGAUAUGCGAAUCACCGCGUAUAUAGUGGGCGUAAGUUUGCGUGCGAGUUGGGGUAGAUGUGUGUAGAU